AAUUUCCAGUCCCAGGAGAACUUCGUUGUUUAUAUUUUGAAUUUGAAUGUUGAAACACUUUCUUCAGGUUUCUCCACAGGCAUUAGUCCAGUUUUAAGAGGAAGGAUGUUAAUAAUACCUUCCAGAAUAGAAGUUUAAGCCAAAAAUUCACCUUUCUUCCCUCUGCAGGGAUAGUCAAAGAUAGAAAGAGCCAUUUGCACUUAGCAAACUUAAGAGGAGUAGGUCAGAAAAAUGUUGGUAUCUAUAAUGUGUUUGUCAUUGGCAUGCAGAAGCCUUUCAGAUUAAAGAGACAGGGCAUUAGUCAUAUCUCGCUCUCAAAAGAGAGAGCAUCAUUCAUUUCUCCAGAUCAGCUGCAAGACUAGUUCUUGGAAUCUCAAUGAAGUGAGGCCACAAUGGACUUCUGUACAAAAUGAGAUCAGGCCUAGAAGCGAUUGGAAGGCAGCCCUUCGCCCAGCCCGAGAUGGAGCAUCCGUGGAAGGAAGGCGGUCAUUCCUGCCAUGAGCAUCAGUAAAGCCAUCAACACCUUGGAAGUUCCAGUGAAAGAGAAGCACGCCCGCAGGAUCAUUCUGGGAACUCAUCACGAGAAAGGAGCAUUUACGUUUUGGUCCUACGCGAUCGGUCUUCCCCUCCCCAGCAGUGCCAUCCUGAGCUGGAAGUUCUGCCACGUUCUCCACAAAGUCCUUCGGGACGGGCAUCCGAACGUUCUUCAUGACUGUCAGCGGUAUCGAAGUAAUAUCCGAGAAACCGGAGACCUCUGGGGCCACCUGCACGAUCGUUAUGGCCAGCUUGUAAAUAUUUAUACCAAACUUUUGCUCACCAAAAUCUCCUUCCAUUUAAAGCACCCAGAAUUUCCCCCAGGCCUAGAAGUGACGGACGAGGUGUUAGAAAAAGCUGCUGGAACAGAUGUGAAUAACAUCUUCCAACUGACGGUGGAGAUGUUUGACUACAUGGAUUGUGAACUCAAGCUCUCCGAGUCAGUUUUCAGGCAACUCAAUACCUCCAUGGCUGUUUCCCAGAUGUCGGCGGUUCAGUGCCGGCUGGCUCCCCUCAUUCAGGUGAUCCAGGACUGCAGCCACCUCUACCACUACACGGUGAAGCUGAUGUUCAAGCUCCAUUCCUGUCUGCCGGCUGAUACCCUUCAAGGCCAUCGGGACCGGUUCCACGAACAGUUUCGCAGCCUUAAGAACUUCUUCAAGAGAGCCUCAGACAUGCUGUAUUUCAAGCGGCUCAUCCAGAUCCCCCGACUACCGGAGAACCCUCCCAACUUCCUGCGGGCAUCGGCUCUGGCCGAACACGUGAAGCCUGUCGUGGUGAUCCCGGAGGAAGCUCCGGAAGAUGAAGAACCUGAGGCCCUGAUUGAAAUCAGCACAGCCCCAGCGGUGGAGCAGCAGCAGCAGCCGCCGAUUGUUUCUGAUAUAUUUGAGCAGACUUUUGGGCCUCCCAACGGUUUGAGAGAUGACAGGGAUCUCCAAAUUGAAAAUCUCAAGAAAGAAAUUGAUCUGCUUCGAGGAGAGCUGGAGAAGAUUAAGCUUGAGGCUCAGAGGUACAUCACUCAGCUAAAGGCUCAGAUUAACAGCCUGGAGGCAGAAGUCGAAGAGCAGAGGAAGCAGAAGCAGAAAGCUCUGGUGGACAACGAGCAGCUCCGGGACGAGCUGGAGAGGCUGCAGAAGGCCAAGCUGGAGGGGGACAAGAGCCGGGGGCUCUACCUCGAAGCAGAAAAGAAAGCCAGCGCCACUGAAGUCCGCUACACGAAGCUGAAAGAGAAGCACAACGAGUUGAUCAACAUCCACGCGGAGCUCCUGCGGAAGAAUGCAGAUACUGCCAAGCAGCUGACGGUCACCCAGCAGAGCCAAGAGGAGGUCGCCCGGGUCAAGGAGCAGCUGGCCUUCCAGAUGGAGCAAGUGAAGCGAGAGUCUGAAAUGAAGCUGGAAGAUCAGACGCUGCAGCUGGAACAGGUGAAGAGAAAACUGGAGUCCAAGGAGGAGGAGCUGGCGCAGCUGCAGCAGUCGCUCUGCCACUCGAAGCAGGUGGGCUCCGAUCUCGGCAGUCAGCUGGAAGCCCUCCAGACCGAGAAGGACGUGCUGAGGAAAUCGGUCACGGAGAAGGAACAGGAACUCAUUGCCGCAAAGGGCCUGAUCCAGGAGAAGGAGCUGCUGUUGAGCCAGGAGACAGAGAAGCGGGCAAAGGAAAUCCAGGAAAUGCAAGGAAAACUCACCGAGAAAAACAGUCAAGAGCAGAAGCUGCAGCAGAAGCUUCUGGAGGACCAGUUCAACCUCCUGCAAGGAACCGUCAAGGAGGUGGAAGGCAUCAUUCAGGACGCCGUCGGCAAGCUAGACGACCCUUUGCACAUCCGAUGCACCAGCUCACCAGAUUACCUCAUCAGCCGUGCGCAGGCAGCCCUUGACUCCGUGAAGGCUGUGGAAAGUGGACAUGGGCGGUACGUGGCCCACAUGGCAGAUGCCACUGGACUGGUUGGCGCUCUGGCCCAGUUUGCCCACCUGACUGCAGACGCCAUUGUCAACGGCAGCGCCACGUCCCACCUCGCGCCCACGGACCACGCGGACAAACUAAUUGAGACCUGCAGAGAUUGUGGCCAGAGGAGUCUGGACUAUCUGGACAAGUUAAAAGACAAACGGUCUCUCCGACAAGCGGACCUGGAGGACGUGAGGAAGACGCUGCGGGGGAUCCUUCAGCUGGGGCAGGAACUGCGGCCCCAGAGUCUGGAUAUCCGGCAAGAAGAACUGGGUGACAUGGUUGACAAAGAAAUGGCCUCCACCUCAGCUGCCAUCGAAGACGCGGUCAGGAGGAUCGAGGAAAUGAUGAACCAGGCCAGGAUAGAGAGCUCUGGCGUUAAACUAGAAGUGAAUGAAAGGAUCUUGAACUCCUGCACAGACUUGAUGAAGGCCAUCCGGCUCCUUGUGAUCACCUCUACGAAUCUGCAGAAGGAGAUUGUAGAAAGUGGAAGGGGGGCAGCAACACCGCAGGAAUUUUACGCCAAGAACUCCCGUUGGACAGAAGGGCUCAUUUCGGCUUCCAAGGCAGUCGGAUGGGGAGCGACGCAGCUCGUAGAGUCUGCAGAUAAAGUUGUCCUGCACACGGGAAAAUACGAGGAGCUCAUUGUCUGCUCCCAUGAAAUUGCAGCCAGCACCGCUCAGCUCGUCGCUGCCUCCAAGGUGAAAGCAGAGAAGCACAGCCGGCACCUGGGCAAGCUGCAAGAAUGCUCGCGCACCGUCAACGAGAUGGCCGCCAACGUUGUGGCUUCCACAAAGUCAGGCCAAGAGCAGGUGGAAGACAGAGAUGCAAUGGACUUCUCUGGGAUGUCACUGAUCAAACUCAAAAAGGAAGAAAUGGAGACCCAGGUGAAGGUGCUAGAAUUGGAAAAAACACUGGAGAACGAGCGGCUGCGGCUGGGUGAACUGAGGAGGCAGCAUUACGCUCUGUCGGGCCUCUGCGACGGCGAGCCCGCGGACGGAGGAAAGCCAGCCCCUGCCCACAAGCCGAGCAUCUCAAAGAAGCCGCCUGUGGCUCAGAAGCCGACUCACGUCGUCAAGCCGGACCACGAGGUAGGCCGCUCGCCAGAGGAAGGGAUGGGUUAGGGUCUACCGGUAGAGGAAGGCGGCAGGGCACCAGUCCAACACCCGCCAGGUGGCUUUUGAUGUUUCUU